AGUGGGAAACAAGGAAAAGAAAACAAAAAAAAGAAUUGCUUCAGUUGUCAAUCGCUUCUUGUCAAAGCGGUACUGUCAUCUUUCCUUUCCAAUAAUUCUCCCAAUUUCACUCAACAAAUCUCCGUCUUGUCAACCACCGCACCUCCGCCCUCCCUCCGCCGCACUCCAUCUCCAUGCUGCCACACCACUCUUCUUCUCCUCCACUCUCACAACACAAAAAACACCUCCGAUUCACUUGAUUUGAUCACAAUUUUACAAUCCUAGCCAGAUUCUACCUAGGGUUUCAAUUUCCAUCUUCUUCUCGAUUUCGAAUUUUCCGAUCUCCAAUUCUCCUCCAAUGGAGGAAUACAAUCAUGAGAUGAGCGGAAGCUCGAAUUCGAGGUGCAAUUUUGUGUACGGAGACUCCUCAGUGUAUGGAAGGAACGCCUUCCACAUCCAAUCGCCGGAUUGCUACGAUCAAUCGGAACCGCAGCAUCAGCAUCCAACGGUCAAAACUGAAUCGCGAAAUCGGUUUCACUACGCUCCGGCGGCGGCGGAGGACCACCGCCGCCGCCACGAUCGGAGGCUGGAGAAUCACGAUUCCGGCGAAGCGGAGUCUAUCAAGGCUAAAAUUAUCGCUCACCCUCAGUAUUCGAGCCUCUUGGAUGCUUACAUGGACUGCCAAAAGGUUGGAGCGCCGCCGGAUGUGGUGGCGCGGCUCGCGGCAGUGCGGCAGGAGUUUGAGGCCAGCCAGCGAGCCGCGGUGGCGGCCGGGAGAGAUGUUUCCAAGGAUCCGGAACUCGACCAGUUCAUGGAAGCAUAUUAUGAUAUGUUAGUGAAGUAUAGAGAGGAGUUGACGAAGCCGAUUCAUGAAGCCAUGGAGUUCAUGCGACGGAUUGAGAAGCAGCUCAGCCUUCUCACUAAAAAUUCUGAGGAAAAAUACGAGGGUGGCGCCUCGUCCGAAGAAGAGCACGACCACAGCGCGGGAGAGUCAACAGAAGUAGCUAAGAUCGAUCCAAGAGCCGAGGACCGGGAGCUGAAGAACCAUCUCCUGAAAAAGUACAGCGGCUACCUGAGCAGCCUCAAGCAGGAGCUCUCGAAGAAGAAGAAGAAAGGGAAACUCCCCAAAGACGCGAGGCAGAAGCUCCUCAGCUGGUGGGAGCUUCACUACAAGUGGCCUUAUCCUUCGGAGUCGGAGAAGCUGGCGCUGGCGGAGACGACAGGGCUUGACCAGAAGCAGAUAAACAACUGGUUCAUCAACCAGAGGAAAAGGCAUUGGAAGCCGUCCGAGGAUAUGCAGUUCAUGGUGAUGGAUGGGCUGCAGCACCCCCAGGCUGGGCCGGGGCUUUACAUGGAGGGCCAUUACAUGGGUGAUGGGCCUUACAGAUUGGGGCCGUGACGACGUUGUUUUCGUCUCGGCUUCCUCUGCCUUGUGGUGUUGGUUGUGUUUUGAAUGAGAGCUGCUGCUGCUGCUGAUUUUGGUGAUUGGUGGUGUUUUGACAGCUGAAUCUUGUAUUUAUAUUGUUGUUAUUGGAUUGCUAGUUGUGUUAUUCUAUGAGAUUGGUGUGCAUAUAAUAAGUUUUAUUUGUUUA